AUGUGUCCGAUGUCGAUGCUUCGAUUGCCUAACGAGUUAAUUCUUCAUAUCGCCACAUUUCUGAAAAAAGAUCGGGAUAUCGCCUCUCUUCUCCAGACAAACCGCCGUCUGAAAACUGUCCUUGGGGAGUGUCUUUUUCAGAAUAAUUUAUCUAUAAAUGAUGGCUCUGCACUGCCCCUGUGCGCUAAAUAUGGCGUAAUAUCAGGCGUGCAAACCCUUCUGAAACUGGGAGCAGCGGGAGACGAGACCGAUUCCGAUUCCCGCACAGUAUGGACCUACGCAGCUGAGAAUGGGGACUUUGGAAUAUGGCAAAUGCUUCUAGAUCAUGAGGUGUCCCUCGGUCUCAAGCCAGAUAUGAAUAAAAAAGACGACUACCACGGCCGCACCCCACUCAGCUGGGCAGCACAAGGCGGCCAACUCGAAUUUGCUCAGUAUCUGGUCAAGUUUGGAGCGAAACUCGAUGCAAAGUGUUCUGAAAAGCGGACCCCUCUGAGCUAUGCAGCCCAGUCAGGGCACUCAAUGAUGGUUCAGUGGCUGCUUGACCAAGGGGCCAACCUGCGGGAUUCUCUCCACCGAGAAGACAGAGAUGGCCUGACGCCUUUGCACUAUGCCGCCUUUGAAGGGCAUGAAGACAUCAUGAGAUUGCUCAUAUCACUUGGUGCAGAUAUAGACUGUAUGGAGAGUGACUGUAUGGACCUUGCAGCCCAAACACCAUUGAUGGAAGCGGCUCGAGGCGGGCAAUAUACCGUUGUGAAGAUGCUUCUCGAGAUGGGGACGAAAGCAAGUGAAGGGGAUGGAAGAGGGAUGAGCCCCCUGCAGUAUGCUGCACGAGCGGGCGUUGGCGAGCCCCUGAGAGAGAGUGAAUAUCAUAUCCCUGAUUAUAUGUGCGAACAGCCAGGUCCUGGGUGGUAUUUUGAUGGGGCCGGCUAUCAAGCAACCCAGAUAUCCGGCAACCCCGUAGACUAUCUCGCCAUUGUCAAAUUAUUGGUCGCUCAUGGCGCGGACCCCAACGAAGUGCAUGAAGAUCAUUAUGGACAUCCUCAGGGAGGUCCUCUUUAUUGUGCUUCAUGGGCGGGUGCGACCGAUAUCGUCGAAUUUCUGAUUGAAAUGGGAGCUGACAUUAAUAAGAUGUCUGCCAUCGGAGGUCGCACUGCACUCCAUGCUGCAGUACGGAACGGCCACCUCGAUGUGACUGAGAAGUUACUUGUUAAUGGCGCUAAUGUCAAUGCGAGGGAUGGGACAAAUCAUACACCAUUAGAUCGCGCGAUAUUCGCUGCGCGAAUCGCUAAUCAAGGGAAGUAUAUUCAUGAGUAUGGGAGUGGAUGGCGUACGGAGCAUAUGCUACUCUUUGAAGCAAAUCUUCAGAAAUAUCAGCAGGUGGUUGAUUUGCUCAUUGCUCAUGGCGGUGAAGUCGGACGGGAAGACGCGUUCAUCCCAUGGUAG